AUGGCUCCAGAGCUUAUGAUGCACACCACAACAGACUUGGCGCCCAUAGACACUAAGAAGGAUGUGAACGGCGGCUUCGCAGUGACUAGUAUGGUUGUCCUGACUGACGCUGAGGUCCAAAAAGACUUGGACAGUGCGGCACUUCUAUUGAGUAAUGAAAUCUUCAAUUUGAUAGACAGCUACAGGCAGCCCCUUCCCGGCGACAUGCCUGAUCUCCGCUCGCAAGGCCGAGCCUUAUUCACACAGGUGAUCUACCGCCGGGUAGUAAAGGGGGAGAAGAUACCUAUGGUUUUACCAGCAUUUCCAUUCAAAUCUCCAAAUUCACGGGCUAAAGUGCUAGGCAUCCUGCCUGACAAGGCUGAAGAGGUUGCUCUUCAGUGUCUUGAUGGCUUGUGCAAGAAUAUUGAGCGCAUAUAUGCCCCGGGUGCUGAGCUUCAUAUCGUUUCUGACGGAAUUGUAUAUAGCGAUAUCCUUGGCGUUCCUUGCAAGGAUGUUUGGAAUUAUGGAAGUGGCCUACGGUCCUUCGCCGAGAAAAAGCUUGACAACAUUCACUUCGUCCGUAUAUCAACCUUGACGGGAAGUGAGGAGCCUCUUACUGGAGGAGAGUAUGAGGCACAGUCACCGAAGCUGCGAGAAAAACUGAUAGAGCUCUAUCUUCCAUCGGACUAUAACGUUCAGGACCAGAAAGCAAACGAUAAUAAUGUGCUUGCAACGUAUCGGGGAUACUGCAAGUUCUUGCUUCUCGAUCUUGCUAAUAACCCCGAAUUUGCCGGGCUAGGAAAGAAUGCUAUGAAAAAGAAAGCCUCGAUCCUGGCAGAGAAGAUGCUGAUCCGUGGCAAGGCCUUUGCUGCUGCAAUCCGAGAUAAUUUCACAGAGCACGUUCGCUUGUCUAUUCACCCAUCUAAUGGACAAGACAAAGUGUCCAUUUCGGUGAUUGGACAAACCACGGGAUUGGCAAUGAGCCCAUGGCAUGGCACGCUUCUAGUGUCUUCAGAUGGCUCUUUCAGCAUCAAGCAUCGCCAGGAGCUAGAGUCUGAUCCGAAAUAUGAGUUGGUUUACCAAAGUGGCAGACCUUCUUACUUCCGUGAGAAAUCAGAAAUUUAUCACUGGGGCAAUGAUGAAAUCGACUUUGAACCCGCGUACCCAUGCGGUUGGUAUAUCACAGCUCCUGCAUCUAGCGGUUUGACCUUUAACGACGUUGACAUGAAGAAACUACGUCAACUGGGCGAGCUGAACUCCCCAGUCGUGCUUCGUGGAUUCAAGGAGACGAACAAUAGGGAAUUGUUCGAGAAGAAAGCGGAGGAAAUGGGUACUGUCCAAUCAUGGAUUUUCGGAAAGGUACUUGAAGUGCAAGACGGAGGUAGCGAAACCGGAGGCCUCAAUAACGUAUUGAGCGCUGAGGCGAUGCCAAUGCAUUUUGAUGGUCUUUUCAAUACGAAAAUCCUCACCGACGAGGCUGGAAACGAGAAACGCGUCUCUGCCUAUCCCAGAUUCCAGAUGUUUUCCUCAUUGAUACCUGCGCCCAAGGGAACUGGAAAGACACUAUUCGCGUCUUCUCGUAGAUUGCUCCCGGUCCUGGAGAGAGACUACACUGUGGACCAACUCACGGCGGUCACGUGGGAAUGCCAGACUGAUGCAUUCAAUGCAACGGUUCUAAGGGGUAUGCCAUUGUGGGUCCCUCAUCCCGAGAAUCAAAAGCUUUGCGUACGAUACCAUGAGCCCUGGCCCAAGAGCCGUACCAAGUUCGACGCCACCGAGGUACGCAUGAACCAUGCACCGGAGGAUCUUGGAAAGAAAAUCGACUCUGCACUAUACGAUAGUCGUGUCUGCAAUUACUUACAAUUCGGUGAAAAUGAGAUUAUCGUCAGUGACAAUAUCUUGAUGAUGCAUACCCGUGAAGCUUAUCCUCCGGGAAGCCCCCGACGAUUCUGGAGAAUCCACGUCAACUAG